AUGAUGGCCUGCACUGCUGCCACCGCCUUUCAGGCAACGCUUUGCGGGCGCCCUGCCCGUCCCAACCGCCGCGCCGUGGUGACGCUGGCCCAGCAGCAGCGCAGCGAGGGCGUGACUCGGCGCGAGGCGGGCCUGGCAGCACUCGCGGCGCUGGCGGCCCUCUCCGCCGCCCCGCAGCCCGCGCACGCGCUGUUCGGCUUUGGCAAUGAGAAGGCCCAGCAGCGCUACGAGAAGGAGACGGGCCAGGUGAUUUCGGACGUGCGCAACGCGGCCCUGCUGGAGCGCGGCGCCCCCGGGCGCGAGGAGACGAUGGAGUCGGUGCGCAAGGAGAUCAACGACUGGGUGGCGCGCUACCGCCGCGACACCGCCUUCUCCGGCCGCCCCUCGUACGGCAACACCUACUCCGCCGUCAACGCCAUGGCGGGCCAUCUCAACUCCUUUGGCGCCACCGCGCCCAUCCCAAAGAAGCGCCUGGAGCGCCUGGUCAAGGAGCUGGACGAUGCUGAGAGGUUCCUGGGCCGCGGCCGCUGA